CAUGUUUCUCUGCUUUCAGGACCCAGCGCGUCGUCACCUCCCUCCUCCGCAGCGCCGCCCUCCGGUCAGCCACCGCCACUGCGUCCAGACAGACCCUGUGCGCCCGGUGAACCGACCGCCGCCGAAGAGACAACACCGCCUCUGCGCUCAGCCCGACCUGCAACCGGCAAUGGACUACACGAACAACUCCUCCAACAGCCACGGCCCCGGAGACACCGUGACCUCCUCCUUAGCCGGCAUGAGCAUCACCGAGCAGCACCACCAGGAGAACGGCGUCCAGGUGGGACACAGAAGCCCCGGAGACGCCAAAAUGAAAGUUCACCUUCCAUCCACAGCAACCGGAGGAAACGAGGUGAAACCCGAGUCUGAGCCGAGUCCGGGCGACGAGGCGCCGGCCGCUGAAGCGUCUGCUGAGGUCGUCGGAGUGGAAGCGUCUGAGCUCACAGAAGAGGAGGGGCCUCUCGCAGCAGCAGCAGCACCAGGAGCAGCUUCACCAGCUCAAGCGAAGAUGGAUAACGGCGCCGCAGAGAAGACUCAAACAGCCGCCUCACCACCGUCCGCCAUUACACAACCGUCCGUAGUCACCAAGGGCAGCAAAACACAGGCGCCCCCCCGAACCGGCCACAGCUCCAUCCCUGUUAAAACCAGCAGCCCGGGGCCCAGCAGCCCAGGGCCCAGCAGCCCGGGGCCCAGGCCGCCCGGAACUGGUGCAAAGUUUCAAUCCCCAGGAGCAAAGAUGUCUGUGAGAACCGGAGCUCAACCAGCUAGUGCCAAGAAACCUCCCACUCCGAAAAAUGAAAAAGAUGCCAUGAGUGGACACAGCAGCCCUGGAGCCCCCAAGUCCCCGUCGGGCAAAGCACCUUCCGCCAAGUCGGUGGCCGAGGCCAACAAGGUGAAGAAGGUCGCGGUGGUGCGCUCGACGCCCAAAUCCCCCGGCUCGCUGAAGAGCCGCCCGCCGGCUCCUCUGGCCGCCGCCGCGCCGAUCCCCGACCUGAAGAACAUCAGGUCCAAGGUCGGCUCCACAGACAACAUCAAGCACCAGCCUGGAGGUGGAAAGGUUCAGAUCCUGGAUAAGAAGCUGGAGUUCGGUGACGUCCAGGCUCGCUGUGGCUCUAAAGACAACCUGAAGCACACGCCCGGAGGAGGCAAGGUACAAAUUCUUGAAAGGAAGUUGGACUUAAGCAAUGUGCAGGCCCGGUGCGGCUCCAAAGAUAAUAUAAAACAUGUGCCCGGUGGAGGAAAUGUUCAAAUCGUGCACAAAAAGAUCGACCUGAGCACCGUUCAGUCCAAAUGUGGAUCGAAAGACAACAUCCGUCACAAACCAGGCGGUGGAAACGUGGAGAUCAAAAACGAGAAGGUUGAGUUCAAGGGUCAGUCCAAGGUCGGCUCUCUUGGAAACAUCGGCCACGUCCCCGGAGGAGGACAGAGACGGAUUGAAAGCCACAAGCUGAGUUUCCGCGAGCAGGCCCGGGCUCGCACCGACCACGGCGCCGAGAUCGUGUCCUUGGAAGACUCCCCCCACCAGCUCAGCACCGUGUCCUCCUCCGGCAGCCUCAACAUGGCCGACUCCCCGCAGCUCUCCACGCUGGCUGACCAGGUGUCCGCCUCCCUGGCCAAACAGGGCUUGUGAAUGCACCCCCCCGCCCCCCCCCCCCGCCCCCCAUGCCUUCCUCGUUGUCUUCACAGGACUUUUUUAGCUCCCAUCACUGUUUAUCCUUCACUAACCUUUAAAACAGCUCUCGGGCCGUAACUAGUCGAGUAAUCAAGAAAAAAAAGGAGCGUAGGACAAAAUGUCUCCGAUCUCUAUGAUUUCCACGUUUUCUAGUCGUCCCUUUAAGAGUCGAAGCCACCUAGCGCAGCUCCUCGUGAAUCUGACGAAUUAUCUUAUCUUCACAUAUCCUGGUGAAUCUGGUUCAAAGUUGUUUUUAAUGUCCCCUGGGUUUUUUUUAUUUUAUUUUCUUACGUGAUUAGUAAAACAGUGACCAGGAGAUCGUGGGGUUCAGUUUGUGCGACAGCAGCAGGAACAGUUACAGGGUAACGGGGACGGGCGCGUGAGGAAAGAUCGUUAAAAGAUAAGUAGUUAAAGUUUCUCGUCAACGCAGAAGAAAAAAGCUUUCGGGCGUCGCUGUGUCUUCGCUUCGUCGUGAACUGGAUUUAAAACUAGAAAAGAUAAAAAAACAGAACAGCUAGAGUAGAAACUUCGGUUUGUGUGGGGCACAGUUUUAUAAUCGUACUCUGUGGAUAUAUGACAUGUAUUUGAUAUGAAGAAACAUUUGUAUUGUGCCUGCUACUGUCAGUGUUUUUUGUUUUUGUUAACGCUCUGUUGUAAAUGCGCUAAAGCUCCGACGUACGAUGAGGAAAAGUAAACGUGAAGCAGUAAAAACGUUCGUGGCCAAAUUAUCUAGAUCGUUCGCACUCACAGGUAGCUAGCUACGCUCAACUUAGUUAAGUCUUAAAACAAGCAACUUGCGAGCUAAUGCUAAAUGCUACAACUCUUUAGCUUUCAAACAGUGUUGAAGAAUCAAAAAGGCUUUUGAUAACAUUAGCUAACAUUAGCUAACAUUAGCUACCACAAGCUAGAGAUCACACCAGUGCUUAUUUUCACAAAUUUACUUAGCUGACUUUCGCUCAAGCUAAAACAUUAGCACUAAAGUAGAAGAAUUAUAAAGCACAUUAGCCUUAGAAGUUAGCAGUCAUAGUGCUAACUUAGCAUGUGCUAAUUUGGGAAAAGUUGCAUUUUGAUGCUUAAUGCUAAGACCACCUAGCUAAAACAUUAGCAUGCAUAUGGAUGAAUCAUAAAUUAAUUUCAUAAACAAACAGUGUUACCACAAUAGUCUUGGCAACUUAGCUUACUUCUCUAAAUGCUAAUACAACUUAUCAUUUGGCUAAAAUAUCAGCACAAAUGUGGAUUUUGGUCAAGUUGAGGUGCGGGAAUUUUUUGUUACUGCUUUUUUGUAAAUGCGCUAAAGUUCGAUGUAUGAAGAAGAAAAUCAGUAUUAUGGAUUUGAAGUGUAACGUUCAUGGACAAAUUGGAGUUCAUCAUUGAUGACAGUAUUUAAUCUGCUGUGCGCACUCGGAGGUAGCUAGCUACGUUCAACGUGGCCCAGUCUUAAAGCAACGCCACGUUUCUUUUGCCAAGCAGAAGCCACUAAUGAGAUAAUGUUAAUGCUGCUUCGUGGUUAGCUAAAAAAGUAGCAUUAGUAAACAUAAAGUAAUUUGACAACAUUAGCUAGCACUAGCCUCCAGAGGCUAGCGCUAAUACCAGCCCAGGGCUAAUUUGAGCGAAGUUGCAUUCUGAGUUCACAAAUUCAACUUUUCAGUACUCGUCUCAAAAGUUACACACUGUAAAUUGAAAGGUUGGACAAACUAGUGUUUUAAAUCACGUAGGAUGAAAAUGUUGAAAUGCGAACAGAGAGGGUCAAGGUGAGAUUAGCCCCGCUAGCGAUGAGGAAGUCAGAUAAACAAACGCAGGAUUCAUCAGGAUGUGGCUCAGCUGGUUGUUUUCACCUUUGCUGACGCGUUCCAUUACCGACCCGAGUCGUGAGAGGUUCUACUGUUUAUCAGUACUUCUAUCGUUAAAUUUGUCGUACACAUAGUACUGUCUGUAGACGUGUUUCUACGGCGUUCGUAUGCAGUGUAAUGCGUUAUUAAGAAUUGGCUUCGAUAACAAUGGCAAACGUCUAUCAACUCGGGUUAAUCGGGUGCGAAGUCAUUCCGAGCUCCGAGGUGUAAUGGAACGUAGCAUAAAGUUCGAGUUCCUGUCAAAGAAAACCAGACACGAAGUGAACGAAAGUAUGUGGACGCCUGGAUUUUAAACUUACAGGUGAUUGUGAGAAUCUCCAUUAAAAUCAAACGCGCAUUAAUCUAAGGUUAGAGGAAACUCAACAUGAUUUGAAACCUGAUGAUCUAACGACCCCUAGUGGGGAGUCUGGGGGUUGCGCUGGAGUCUCCGGUCUGAUUCUGGUCCAAUAUAUUACACUCAGAUUCUCUUAAUUGCAACUAAAGAGGCCUGAAUCAUAAGUAGGUUGACAGGCGUGUCCACAUAAUUUUGGCCGCAUGACGUAUUUCACAAUAAGGAAAAUUUUAUUUUCUGUUGAGGCUUUUAUUUUGUAGUGUAACAACCAGCUGCAGAUGAUCUGUUUCUCUUUUUCUUCAUUUGUUAUCUCACAUUCUCAGAACACGUCCUCCUGAAUUUCCCUCGUGACUUGAUGAGUGAAACCACUUCUUGCAUGCACCUCAUGUAAGAGACGUCUGCUUGUCGCCUCCCUUCACAAAGUGGUCUCUUUGUAUAUCCUGUUUAUAUUUAUGCUUCUGGAUCUGGACGAAUAUGCCGACUAAAAAAAAAAAAAGAAGUGACAAAGUGUGUGAGGUUGUGAUCAAGUCCCACAAUUUGCUCCCCCGUGUGUAACAUGUUGCGGACAUAGAUAUAAAACUGUAUUUUAUAUCUAUGGUUGCAAAGACGCUUCUUUACUUUAAAAAAGGAACAGACACAAGAGAUCUUAACCUUAUCUGCAUGCUACAGUAAAUUCACGGCUCCUCCUUCCAUGGAUGGACCACAUUGGACUGAGUGCAGGGCAGACGUGAGGAGUCGAGCACCGAGCGCCUCCUCCUCCGGGCCGGAGACGCUUCUGCAGCGAGAAGCUCGUCACCUCGUUCGGUUUCAUUCUGACGCUGUACAGUUGUGGAAAUGUGAUUGUUCUCGUUACUGUGCAUUUGAUCAAUAACUGGUUUAUGAUGAUUCAUGUUGCUGUAUGUGUGUAUUUGAAAAUAAAUGCUAUGAAGUCAC